CAUGACUAGCAGCAUGCUCGCGAAUUCACUCAUAUCAAAAGUGAUUAUUGCCAUAUGCUCUUUGCUUUCAAAAAAGGUCGCUGCGGCAUAGACUUCAAUCUUCAAAUUCUGUUCGGACAGUCGAAUUCAAAGUCCUUCACACUUCUCUCACGUACACUUUAUACAUAACAUACAUAAAUGAGUGCACCAACGGGUCCACGAUCGGCACGAUUACCGCCGGAAGUCAAUCGAGCACUAUUAGUAAGGAAUUUACCAUUUAAAAUUACAGCCGAGGAACUGUACGAUGUGUUUGGCAAAUAUGGUGCUAUACGUCAGAUCCGAGUUGGCAACGCACCAGAUACACGAGGAACAGCAUUUGUAGUAUACGAAGACAUUUACGACGCCAAAAAUGCCUGCGAACACUUGCAAGGUUUUAACAUUCUCGGACGAUACCUGAUUGUGCUUUACUACCAACAAAAUAAGGUUACGAAAAAAAUGAAUCUUCAAAAGAAGGAAGAGGAGCUCAAAGAACUGAAAACUCGAUAUGGUGUUGGCGACGAUUGAUCGUAUAGUGGCAGAGAUCCAAAAAAAGAAGGAGGGGAUCGCCUCGUGUAAAGAAAAAAAGUGGUGUAACCAUUCAAUUCUUUCUUUUUUUAAUUCUUUUCUUG